CUUCUUCUCGUCCAUACCUUGUACCCCCUUUUAUAGAUUCGCUCCCAAAGGCCUGCAACUCUAACUGCUAAGCAAAACUUGCCAAACUCGACAGACAUUACGCCAUCAUAAUGGCCUCUGCCCAUCUUAGACCAUGUCAACAGCAAGGACCCAGAUUGGCCAUUAGCAUUCCACCACAGCUUAGGUUGACCAAGUCUCAGCCACACCUGCAACUCAAUGAUCGGUCGACUCUUAGCAUCGAGAAUGACCCUAUGAGUCCAAGUACAUGCAGUCGGUUUGUCGGCCUUGGAGAAGAUGAAGGGAUAUGGCAAGAGAGGUGCAUGAUUCUCGUGCGCGAAAGGUAUCGUAGGCACCGAGAUAUCGAAAAGUUGAAGAAAAGGAUUGAUGGCUUAGAGUACCAGCAGCAGCACUUUAUCAGGAUGUGCGCUAAGGACGAUAUCCCGGCAUUGAAAGAGUUGCGGACCGAGUUGCAGACGAUCCUAGAGGAAAUCAAAGUCGGAAAAGUGGAAAGUGAAGCUGUACUUCGACAAGCUGCCAAACCACCCACAUUCAGUCCUCUCAAAGACCGUCGUGAGGAUCGACCCGUCAACCGACUCAUCCGUCCCUUUUCUACAAUGUUCCCAUCUACCAAGUAUCAAGCCGAUUACCUGGCAGACCAGUUGAUUCCACCUAGACGGACGAGAUCAAUGAAUCCGGGGUUCGCCCAGUGGCCGCCGCCUAUUGCAGAAGCGAAUGAAAAGAGGAUAGACUCCUGGAGACGACGAACGGCAGAGCCCAGUAAUGUGCCGGGACUAUCCUCUAGCCAUGGUGAUACUCAGACCAUCUUCCCUAGCUUCCACCAGCCUGAACGACAGCUCGAACCAAGGAGGAACGAGGCCCCACUCGGCAAUCAAGAACCCGCCGCGACACCAUUGCACGCAGCGUCCCCAAGCCGGCCCUCGUCCAACUACAUUGCCCUAGGACAUUCAGGUUCGCAGCGCGUUGUCCACAUAGAAGACGUUAACGUGUUUGACGAAGACGAUGAGUCGGAAGACUUCCCAAUCUGGUCACUUAGGCGCAAAAGACACGAGGCGAGGGGUUCCAAGCUGUUGAGCAAGAUUAGCUUUCCGUGGAGAAGGUCAAGCUAUUUUGAGCGGUGAGAUAAUGCGGUAAACAUAUAUGGAUGAGACUGCGAAACGCCGGAUUAUUGAUGGACGAUACUUGGACUGUUGUUCGUUGUUAGACUUGUCGUAUACUGAGCUCUGGGGGUGGUAGCAAAAGAGGACGAUGACUACUGUCACUGAUUUGUCGAUUAUCCAUGACUAUGAUGCACUGUGUA